ACUGCAUCCAUUGUCUUCAGCAGACCUAUAAAUACGGGCUGACUUCUCACUUGUCACAUACUCAGGAUCCUGCUCUCCCAUCCUCCGGGUGACAUCUAGUCAUGAAGGUCCUUGUCUUACUUGCUGCCAUUUUCCUGGUGGCCAUCCAGGCCCAGGCUGACCCCCUUCCAGCAAGAACUGAGGAGGCUCUGGACCAGGAACAGUUCGGGGCAGAGGACCAGGAUGUGCCUGUUGACUUCGCAGGAGAAGAAAGUUCUGCUCUUAGAGCUGCAGGUUUAAGGAGUACUUUGACCUGCUAUUGUAGAAGUGGAUACUGUAUCGGUUCAGAACGCCUCAGUGGAAACUGCAAGAUCAAUAACAGAUUCUACUACCUCUGCUGCCGCUGAACAUCAAGAAGAGAGCAACAUGAGUUCAAAAUUUGCUUUGUGACCUAGAAGGAAACUGAUCUUACUCCUGUGCCUCUGCAAUUUCCUUUCUCCAUCUCAAAUAAAUUCCUUGUAGCAAGA